GCUCAUGAAGAGCGCAUGCGCGGUAGGAAGUGAAAGCAGUCAACAACAAACUCGGCUCCAGGAGUAUCAAACUACCACUCUAACCUUGAUGUCAGGACGUUAUAUUUUAGAGUAAAGAAAAAGUUAACGCCUUAUCUUCUUAAACCCGUGCGUAAGCGAAGAAACUAAGCGAGACUUCGAGUGGUACUAGACUUUUUUUGGAAGUGACUGUACACAGUGACAGGGUCGACGCACUUGCUUCCUGUUGACACAUACGCUGUUAAAUACCCAGCAAGAAAUUUUCUAAGAAAUGUGAACGGAAAGAUAUGCAAAUCAGCGGCGCUUAACAACGCAGAGGUGGAGGUAAACCAUCCACCUGGACUCCCGUGUGUUUGUUUUCUACAUGAAUCUGUCGGCAGGAUGUCGCUGAGUUCAGAUGGCUGGACUCCCACUCCUGGUCUCACGCCGGACCAGUCAGCCGCCUUCCCCAGCCACUAUGAGGCCUCGCAGUCACAACUUGGCUGCCAAACCGUCCUUAUGUCGGUUCGGGUGUCGGUGUGUCAUUCUGGUAUUCGGCCACUGUGUCUUCCGGGAGCAAGUGAUGAGUCACUUCGCCUGCAGCUCAGCAUGGACCCGGGGAAAUCCGGGGAAUUCCGACUAUCGCUCCAGGACAGCAGCGGGACUGGCCGGAGUGUGACCAUCGCAGAGUUUGAUUUGAGAACCGUAAACUAUGAGGUGAAGUCGCCAAAGUGCCAUGAGCUGAUUUUGGUUGCGCCUCCCCAUGACCGCAUCAGCUUUAACUUUCGCUGUGAGCAGGAUGCCCAGCAAUGGGCCACAGUGGUGAUGUCCUCCCUACGAGAAGCACACAAAGUCAUCCCUCAAGAAAAUGGUUCUCAGCAUCUUCCAGAUGUUCUCCAUCUUCAGAACACUUUGGGUCUACAACGAAAAGAGGAAGCUUGCAUAGAGCUGAGCAGAGCCAUAGAGGCAGGUGACCUGCAGUCAGCCUCCAUCUUUGCUGCGACACUCGCACAACAGCAUGCAGCGUUACAGAUACAACCCUCUAAUAAAGAACAUGAAGACACUGAAAUCAAUUUGGCUGUUGUAGUAGAAGAUUCAUCCUCAUCCUGUUGUGUCACUGUGAAAGUUUUCCCACACAUGACUACUGCAUCCUUGAAACAGCAGAUGUUUCUGGAAUACGGCUUUCACCCACGGGUGCAGCGCUGGGUAAUUGGCCAGUGCCUUUGCACCGACCAGCGGUCCCUUGCCUCGUACGGUGUUCGUCAGGAUGGAGACACAGCCUUCUUGUACCUCUUGUCAGCCCGCCACGCUCGUCUGACCCUCCAGGUCCUGCAGCAGGAUCAGGAGAGCGCCCUCCUCCUUAGUCCUCCUCCAUCAUUUCAAAACUCUUCACUUCCUGUUUUAUCUACAAACGGCCCCUCAUCUCAGGACUGGAGGCCCUACACCACCCUUCCUCCAAGACCUCAUAGCAACAGUUACAACGCAGGUGGAUCAGAGACAAAAAACAUCAGUGAGAUCAGAGAUCUCAUCAACCUUGAAAUGCCUCAACUCAGUGAUGCACUGAGCCCCAACACUGCCUCCAACCAGGGCUGGUCCUGUCCAUCAUGCACUUACAUUAAUAAACCAACCCGACCAGGCUGUGAGAUCUGCAGCACAAACCGCCCUGAGAGCUACGUUAUCCCUGGGGGAUACCAACCAGAUGCACUGGAGCUCAGACGAAUCCAGCAAGAGAAGGAGGCUAUCAGACAAUAUCAGCAAGCAAAGGAACAGGAGCGAAGGGAGAAUUUUGCUCGGCUGGUGAUGAUGGAUGGUCAGGACCUGGUGCCCAACCCCGAGCCUGUGGAUUGUCGGAUUUGCUACAUGGAUCUGCCGUCUGGAGAGGGCGUCCUGCUGAGGGAGUGUCUCCACUGUUUCUGCAGAGAGUGCUUACGCUCGGUCAUUAUGCUGAGCGAGGAGCCUGAGGUUUCCUGUCCCUACAGAGAUGACGCAUACGCUUGUGCCGGUUCCCUGCAGGAGAGGGAGAUCAGAGCUUUGGUGCCAGCAGAGGAGUACGAGCGUUGGCUGCAGAGAGGCCUUUCAGUGGCCGAGUCUCGGUGUGAGGGCAGCUAUCACUGUGCAACUCCGGAUUGUCCGGGGUGGUGUGUGUACGAGGACACUGUCAAUGUCUUCCACUGUCCUGUCUGCAAGAAACACAACUGCCUCAUUUGCAAGUCUAUCCACGAAGGAAUGAACUGUAAACAAUACCAGGAUGAUCUUGCAGCACGUGCUAUAAAUGAUUCUGCAGCCAGGAGGACAACACAUCUACUAAAGACUCUUGUGCAGUCAGGGGAGGCCAUGUACUGUCCUAAGUGUGGUAUCAUCGUUCAGAAGAGAGAUGGAUGUGAUUGGCUGCGCUGCACUGUUUGUCACACUGAGAUCUGCUGGAUAACCAGAGGGCCUCGCUGGGGCCCAAGGGGUCCCGGGGACACCAGUGGAGGAUGUCGAUGCAACGUUAAUAAUCAGAAAUGUCAUCCUAAAUGCCAAAACUGCCACUGAGUGUCAAAACCGGGAAACUGGGACUGAACUUGAAAUGAACCACUCUUAUAAAACGGAAAGAACGAAUUGAAGCUUAUUACUGAUGUGUUUUAAGACUAACUGUGCAAGUGUUAAAACUGGGGACAUUCUCAGUUUUCUCUCAGCAGAUCUCUAACAACGCAUCUUCUGCUUGGAUUUCCUUAACGAAAUAAUGUGGUUUGUGUAUUAACAAUUCUACAUUCAGGCUAUGUUUAACUGACUGAGUAAUGAUGAUGAGUGUGGUCGGAUGUGUGCCGGAGGAGUGUUAACUCUGAAUGUGUGCCUUUUCUUGACAAAAACAUGGCACUGCAUAUGUAGCUCUGCAGGUGUGACAUGUUCUGUUUCAGUUCUCACACACCUAGAUGGUGUACAUAAAAUUGAAGUGGCCUUAUUCUUGUGCACAUAAAGGUGUAGCAGGGUGUUACUGAUGAUGUUUUCUGGAAAAUGUGACUAAAUUCUUGUUUUGUUUUUUUGAUAUGCAAUUUCUUUAGCAUUGAGACAGAUCAAGCACGUGUGUUGAGUCAUAAAGUAAUAUUAAUGUGUGUCUGCACGGUGGUCUGAUGUUUGAAUUGUGUGUUUUUGUGAUGUGUUUAAGUGCACAGGCUAGUGAGGGAGUUUUUAUUACUGCUAACCAGUAAAUAGCAAAAAUUGGUUGAAUAAUCAAAUCAUGAUUGCAAUAAGUUAAUAUUUUCAGUAAGAGAAGGAACACUUUUUGUUGAUAAUUCCUGGUAAAGAUCACAAAAACAAUUGGGUAACUACACCCAACAUAAUGUCUCUAUGGAGUUCAUGUGACAGCUUUGAAUCUAUGGAAAUAUUUUGAAUACUUUCCUAAUUCUUAUUCACAUGCAUGAAUGCACUGUCUGUUACUAGUGGGGAAAAAUAAAUAAACUAGAAGCCUGACUCCCCAACUACACUACUGCUCUGAAGUGAUAAGCCAUAACCAGGUCCUCACUGUUACUCCUGUUUUAAAGUCGGCACUGUGUUGCUGAGUUACUUUGGUGCCUUAAUUAUAAAUAAAAACCUU